AUGUGAUAGGCGGCCCUGCAGUGUGAGUGUCAGCAAUGGAUGACUACGAGAGUGUAUUGCUUGUCAAGUCUGAGGUGUUCGUGUACAGAAUACCUCCCCGAACUACUAACAGAGGCUAUAGAGCAGCAGACUGGAAUCUUGGAACCCCCGACUGGACUGGACGAAUGCGACUUGUUAACAGGAAAAAUGAAUGUCUGAUAAAAUUAGAAGACAAAUCAUCAGGCGAGCUGUUUGCUAAGUGUCCCAUUGACAAAUAUCCUGGAGUGGCCAUAGAAUCUGUGACAGAUUCUUCUCGUUAUUUUGUACUGAGAAUACAGGAUGAAGGAGGAAGAGCAGCAUUCAUUGGAAUAGGGUUUGGUGAUAGGUCUGACAGCUUUGAUUUGAAUGUAGCACUUCAAGAUCACUUCAAAUGGGUAAAGAAGGAAGAAGAAGCAGAGAAGGAGAAGGAAGAGGGUAAACCUAGCCUAGAUCUGGGUUUUAAGGAUGGUGAGACUAUUAAAAUCAACAUGAAAAUUACAAAGAAGGAGGGCCAAGAAGGCACUAGCCGACCGAAGCCCAAAGCAGGACCUGGUGGUCUAGGACUCCUACCACCACCCCCAGGUGGAGUAAAACUAGCACCACCUCCAGGUGCAACAACAUCCCCAUCUUCAUCAAGUGGAGAUAUACUGGAAGAUUUAUCUGGUGUAUCAGGCAAUCCUGUAGCUCAACCAGGAGCUGCAGGUGGUACUGGUGAAUCAUGGGGGGAUUUUGCCAGUGCAGCUGUUAAACCACCACCACCAUCUAGUAAUCCACCAAGUGGAGGAUCCGGAAGUGGCUGGGUGACCUUCUAAGCUCCUGGUAUGCGUGGACAAGUUAUGUUGCAAUUACUGUACCAUAGGAAAACAGUACAUGAAGAAUGAUUUUUCAGCUGUAGAUAGUAUUCUUAGGUACUUGAAAUGAAUGUGUCAGUGAUUGCAGAUACUUGCCAUGUACAUAGGACAUAAGUUUGUUAUAUUGAUCUAUUUAGACAAAACAUUUAAAAAAAUUCAGUAUGCAUUGAAUAAAUUUUUAAUGCAAUGAACAGUGUGUGUGUGGAAACAUUUAAUUGAAUUUAAAGUUACUCAGAUUUGGCAGAUUCAAAAAUAAGUUUUGUAUAAAUUUCAUUGUUUAAAUACUUUCACAUAUAUGUGUACUUUUAAAUUCAGUUACAAAUGGAUUUAAAUCAUUAUUGGGUUCAAAAGUUAUAUUUUAUCAAGGUAAAAUAUGUUAUUGUUUGGUGGGUUUAAGAGAACUUUAUGAAGUUUAUAUAUUUUUUUUUGGGGGGGGAGGGGGAUCUGGUCCAUCUUGUGUUCAUGUUAGGUAACUUAAAAAGAUCUUAAUGAUAUAUUUUUGCUUAGAUGUGAACUUGGUUAUGAACUAGGCUCAGACCUGAGGCAUUGUUCAUAGAUUUAUUGAAACUAAAAAGCUGCCUGUCAGUCAGAUUAUAUUUAAUGAAAUAGGUGUUAACAUAGAAAUUUAUUUCAAUUAAUCAGCUUGAAUGCUGGAAGUAUGUAAUUUUUGAGCAAAUGAAGUGAAUGGGUUCAUUUCUUGAUUUACUGAUGUAUGAAACUGCAUCAGAACCAAGUAUGCAAAACUCACCUACCCUAAGUUGAUUAUUAGUUAAUAUUUGCUGUUUGAAUAGCAAGUUACAGUUUGCAUAAUACAGUGUACUUAAACACAGAAGCAUUAUCUUCUUAAUUUGUACUGUAUUGUACAGUAGUUAUUUGGGGAUUAUAAAUAUACCCCCUCUGUAUCACAUUAUUUUCCUCCUUACAUGUAGGCAUGUAUUUGGCUAAUGUCUUGAGCAUCUAUCUUAGCAUGAAGAUCAAACACAUUUUGUUGCUGUAUGACUUAAAAAAAUAGAGUACUGAUAUUCACUGUAAUGAAAUGUACAGUAUAUGAUCUUUUUAAUAAGCCUGAAAAUAUGAAGAAUUUGGUUAGCAUUUCUGAUAUCAUUAACAGCUUCAUAUAUAACCUUAAUAAAAUGCUUAAAGUAUUGUGGUUGAAUAGUAAUGUUUACUGUACAUUGUAUUUUGAACAGUAAAACACUGUGUAAGAAAUGCAUUAGUAUAUGGAGUCAGGUUUUUGUGUGGUACAUAAAUUAAGAAAAUUAACCUGCCAUUUGAAACCAAUAGACAUGUGUAGAAAAUACUGUACUGUAUAUGAAUAAUUACUUUUUGAAAUGUGGACAAUAAAAUUAUCAGGUACUGUAUGUGUGUGACAUCAUUUUUGAAGAGACAGAUAGUAUAGAAAUUGCCAGCAUCAUCCUUACAUUAGAACCAGGAAAGGACACUUAGAUUAGAAUAUGUCAUAUCCUCUUAGUGCUAUUUCCCUUUGUUUUUCAUCAAUAUACUGUACUUGAAUAAUAGACUUGGAUUACACCCAUUUCAUCAGAUAUGUGUUUUGAACAGAAUUUGUAUACUGUAUAUAAUACAGUAUAUAAAACCUUAUUUUCAAGUUAAUUUAUUUUGAAGGUGUACUGUAUGACAAAACACACACACACUUUAAUGGAUACAGCAGAGACUUGUUAACUGGUCCUUAGUGAUUGCACUUUCACAUGUAGAGUUGUGGGUAAUCUUAGUGUUGAUGGUAUCAAUUGAUAUUGACACAGUAACAUAAGCCUUUUGCUCUUUAAUAUUUCUGCCUUUAUAAUUUAAUUCAUGGAAUAUUCACUCAAGAUGUCUGCAACAUAUUGAAGCAAAAUAGUCAAUGUUAUUCAUUAUUAUUGUUCCGAGAGAGAGUGUUGGAUUUUUUCAUAGGUGCAGAAUGCAGUAUAAUUGAGUUUACUUGCAAGUUGUGACUUUAGUUAGCUAAUAUAUGUGAAAAUAGCCCUGUAAUGAAUCAGUGCUGUUUAUUUGAAUUAUAAUAAGAUAUCUUGGAUAGUUAUUAAUAUUAAUGUAGAAAUUGUAAGUCUUACAACUUGUUAUUGUUUAGUAUGAACAUAAUAUUGUUAUCAACAGUUAUGCAGACUUAGUCAUCGAGAUAUAUGUACUGUGACUAGAUUGUUGUUAUCAGUAGCUCAUUAAGGAAGUGUUACUGAUUUGAUUCUUGAGUGUAAUAACAAGUCUUUAGUUGUGUUUUUAAAAUGAACCUAGAUGGUGUAAUGGAAAUUCAUCUAUACUUAGUGAUUAAGCUGAACUGUGUAGCAAGAUAGACUAUUAACAAUAAUGUUCUUGAAAGAGCAAAAGUCUUGCCUUUGUUGUUGUAAAUCCCCUUCCCUUGUAGGGAAGUUAAUUGUUGUAUUUUGGACAAUUAAACUAAAUAUUACAUAUUGUAAGCCAGUCUCCUGUUGUCUGGUUCAACUGUGUGAUGCAAUAUCAUUCCUGUUAAAUAUUUAAGGGCACAUACGGUAUAAAUAAUAUAGGGCUCAUGCUGCUACUUGCAAAUUUUGUCAUUGGUCUAUAUUUUUAGAUACACAUUUGACCCAUCUCCCUCCCUCCACACACACACACACACACACACCAAUAAACUAGCUAAAAUGGAAUCAACCCUUAUGACAUUAAUUCUAUAAUAUUUUGCUGGUUUUUGUGUUCUACGUAUACUCAUAUGUGAAUGCUACCAGUGAAUCACAUGAAUAAAUUGUUUAACCCCUACUGUGUGGCUGCAGAUAUCUCAUCAAUCACCCCAAACAAAAACAAAAAUAAAAACAUCGUUUUUUCAAUAGUGUGAAAUACAGUAGUAGUGACAUACAGAAGAGUACUGUACUGUAGAAUGUGACAAAAAUUAUACUUACCAGAGGCAUUUGUAGCGAUAGCUGGCUUGGUGAGGUGAUUUAUCAAAUGCCUACCACAAAGUAACUUAGUUAUUUACUUACUUAUACAGUAUACAAACCUUCUUACUGACAUAAAAUUACUGGUACACUGCAUAUUUCUAACCAUUUACAAAAAAAAAAAAAAGCAUUCCUACUCUACCUUACAGUGUACUGUAGAGAGUAAUGUCUGUUUAGUUGCAUUUUGUGGCCAGUAAAUGGAAGCAGAGUGCUCUUUACUGUGCAAACAUUUGAUUACGCCAUCGUAAAUUUGCCAUGUUUAUAUACAUUGGCCGCAAACACCCAUGUAAAUGUCUAUAUACGUUGAUCACAGUUUAGGGGUUAAGUGACAUUUUUCACUUUUUUUUAUGAUUAUCUUUACAUACAUAAAGCUUGCAGUGUGAGCCCUGUACUGGUAUGUUAGUAGAGCUCCUUUCCAAAUAUACCCUGUAUAUGUAGAAAAACUUUAUAAUUGAUAUUCAGAAUGUAAUUGGAGUUAUUUUUACAAUAUGGUUGCAAAGACGUUUGUGUUCACUACAGGCUUUAAACUGAGGGUGUUUUUUGUUUGUUUUCAUUUAAGUGAAUUGAGAUAGGGGAUGAAACUUAAAAAUUGUUCAGUGGUGUAUGGGUAUACAAUAAAGCCUUUGAAGAGAAA